GUUACGAGCCUCCUCCGCUUCCAGCGGUCAUCCAAGUGGACAACUUCUUCAUCUCGAAGGUGGAUCUCACUGUUUGGUGUGCGCUGAAGCUACGCACGGUGCGGUUCCUGCCGCAGUGGAUUCGCACGGCCAUCCGCAUGCUUUCCUUUUCGGGUCAGCUGACACUCGACGGAGUCGACCUGAAACUUCCGGAGCGGAACAUCCCACCACACCGCGGCUCCCUGCACGACUUCCUUCGGGGCCUUGGCGCGAUGUACGCAAUGAACCUCCUCAGCCACAUGGGCGAACUCCUGGGCAAGAGCUCCGUCUUGAAUCUUCCGCGGGUUCCCCUACGUAUUCUGAUGACGAGUGGCUACGUGACGGAUUCCUUCUCUCAGAUGACUGGCGAGGCGGCUUCCCUUCUGAGCACACUGACUUUGGACGAGGAGUACAUCGCACGCCAGAGGCAGAUCCGGAAUGCCAAGCAGAUCGAGAGUAUUCAGGAUGGUCUUGCCGAAGCCGGGAAGUCUCUGCAGCAGGGAAUCGAUGGCCUUGCAGACAUCGUGCGCGAGCCGAUGAGGGGUGCUGAACAAGAUGGCGUU